CAUCAACAAGGGUCCAAGGCGAAACGCAAGCGAAUCGCAAUCCACCUGGUCCAACAACAUCCACUAUUUAUAGGGUGUCUGUUGGCAAGCCGCGUCGUUUUAUUUUGGGGGAUUAUGGUUACGGCAUGUCCACGACCUCGACUGCGGGUGCUGGAUCUACCGAUCCUCACUCGCUUCGGCUAACGCCUUUAUUAAGGGUUACCACAUUGCAUUCUUCACUACCAUCCUUGACUUUUUUUCCAGUAGGAAAAGGGUCAGGGAUGAUCUGAAGAAUGCAAUGUCGCAACCUCUAACUUUAGAUUUGAUGACCCUGGAUCCAGUGAGGUUUAACCGAGUGUGUACAGUGGCGCGGUGGCAUGAGAGAGACGAGUCCUCUACUACUGAAGCGCAGGAGCAGGAUGACAGCACUUCAUGUUCGAGGAGCAAGACGUUUUUGGAAUCUCGAAAAAGGGAAGUUGCUCUUGGUGCUGCACACGACGCAAAACCUUUGCCAGAAUCUCUUAGUCCUGAGAUGAACAAAAAGUCGUACACCUUUACAUCUGGCGAUUCCAAACGGUCGCAUACGGUACUGGAAUUACCUUCUACUUCUAGUUCUUUUCUCCCUGAAGGGAAUAACAAACAGCACAAACAAGUUCUUGGCCACGCUACUGCUAGAAGUUCUCCAG